AUGAAUCUUUUAUUUCGUCCACAGUUCCGAUAUCAUUCCGCUCGAUUUAAGCUACGGGCGUCCAGCACAAUUCGUAACGGGUUCACUAGGCUUGUCCAUUCUGACAAUGCCAAUGUUCCCUCAAUAUACAAGCCUCGACGGGAGCCCUGGAUGAGCCCGACCAUGGUCGCUGUUGGCGUCAUUCCCAUUUUCACGUUUGCCCUCGGAACAUGGCAACUAGGGCGACUCAAAUGGAAGAUAAAUCUAAUUGAUGAACUGCAAGAGAAACUAGAACUCCAUCCCUUAACACUCCCUAGUAAAAUCAAUCUUUCAGUUCUCCCCGAGUUUGUCUGGCGCAAGGUAGUGCUCAAAGGAAGAUGGGAUCAUGAACAUACAAUGCUUCUAUCACCCCGUGUCAGAGAAGGAGUACAUGGAGCACAUGUGGUAACUCCGCUGGAUCGAGAAAACGGAACAACGGUUCUAGUCAAUCGAGGGUUUGUCUCCACUGAAUUCGCUCAAAGCGCGUUAUUCUGUAAAGAGAAGGGGGAAGUCGAAUUUACGGGUAUGUUGCGAAUGUCCCAACCGCGUAAUAUGUUUACUCCCGACAAUCGUCCUGAAGAAGGAAAAUGGUACUGGACAGACGUAGAGGGGAUGGCAGAAUUCGCAGGUGGAGAAAAGCGCAAAGUACAACCAGUUUACAUCGAACAAAUCUUCGAUGGACACGCCGGCGACGCAGCUUUUUGUCUGAGUAAAGGUGUGCCCGUGGGUCGGCCAGCCACAGUCGACCUCCGAAAUGCGCACUUGUCCUACGUUAUAACCUGGUACGGCUUAUCUGCCCUAACAAGCCUCCUCUUUAUCCGUUUACUCAUGAAACGAAGGAGCACCCGUACCCGUCAAUUACCGCGUUAUACUUAG